UGCGGAGCGCCCCUCUACUCGCCCACCGUCUGUGGUGUUUGUACAACCGUGUGUAGUCAUGGCUCUGUUACCCCGCUCAGUGUUUAGUUUUAUCCUGAGACUGACAACAACAGACAUCAUAAGUUGUCAUUGCGCUUUUGUGGAGAGUGGUGUCAUGAUGAAUGUGGAGCAAGAAUUGUGGACAGUGUGGUCAGAGGUUUGUUGAAGUUGAAAUCACGAGUAAGGGUUACAAUAAAGUCAAGGUGCUCAGAUUGCAUGAAGUGAAAUCAGACUGUAAUUGACAGCACAAUGUUAUGAGAAGCAUUGAUUUGGAUGGGCUUUUAUCGUCCGCACGUGGAUGACAAUGAUGAUGGUGAUGUUGCAGUCACUCAGAUCGCAAAGCAACUACUGUUGGUUCAAGGGAGCGAGUUAUAAUACACUGGUGUGAUAACUGCCUAAAGGGAGAUGGCGGCUAUGUGGAGAGGUCUGCCCGAGCUACACGUGGCCAUCCACCGUGGACAGUUUCACGACGCCCGCCAGUUGGUAUCAGCCGGGGACGAUGUGAACUGCCGGGAUGGCAACCACCGUACGCCUUUGAUCCUGUGCGCGCUGGUGGAGCAAGAAACCUGGGGCGUGGGCAUCGCUAGGAUGCUCCUGGAGACGGGAGCUCUAGCGGGCCUGGCUGACAAGCAGGGCCGUAAUGCACUCAUCUACGCCUGCAUCCACCGCCGGCUGGAGCUGGUGGAGAUUCUUCUGAGCGCUGUGGACUUCGACUUGAAUCACCGUGACCGGUUCGGCAACACGGCCCUGUUCUACGCCGCCACCGGUGGUAAUGCCGAUGUGGUGGCCGCGCUGGUGAGGAAACUCAAACACUUUGGAGAGACGCUUGACAAGGCGAACAAAUGUGGCAUGACUCCCCUUCUGGAAGCGUGUCGAUUGGGCCACGAGAGGGUGGCCAGAAUUAUGGUCGACAACGGUGCGAAUGUCGAGCGUAGGGACGGGGUGCGGCAUUGGAACGCCUUGGACUGGCAGCAGGAGCACGACAGGCAUCUUCAUGCUACCGACAGGGCCAGGAAUCGCUCCUACGAUAAACCCUGGUUGACGGGGAAGAAGACUGCGGGCGAAGGCGAGUCAGAGCUGGGACAGCUACGGCGAACAACUAGCAUGCCAGGCAUCUCCCAGUCGGACAGCCACGGUCUGAGUGAUGAGCGAUCUUCCUCGGAAAGUCUGGACAUCAGCACCACUCCCGACCGGGCCCGAAGCGUCCCACAGCGCAGUCUAAGCCGGGCCAAGACCAUGCCCGCCAUGCCGAAUCUGAACUCGGCAAAGCUGGUCGGGGUGACGAGAAACUGGAUCGGUGAGGGGGGUAGCAAGGAGCUGAUCCGGGCUAAGUUUUACCCCUCACCGGUACCCUUUGCUAAUCCGCGCCUCACCACAGACGCAGAGAGGACGCACAACGCCUACGGACAAUGGAAAAUGACGCAGAAUCUCCAUCCUGUAAACUCGUUCAGUUCAAGUCAGUGUAGCCAAAACGACAGCGCUCUAUGGCGAGGAGAAUUCAGGCAGAUCUUCAAGCGGUACGAAAACCAAGUGAGCAAAUCCUUCCGACGAAAGGCCCGUGUUCCCCCUCCGGGGUACCACUUUCGAAGCCACUCCCCUCCCCAACUCGUCCACCCCUCCAUCACCGUGGAUAGCGAUCGCAAGGCCCCGUCAAGCAGGCUCAGCCGUCGCCAAUCGAAUAUGGACAUGGGGCUGACUCUCAAACGAUUACCGAGCGUCAACAGUAUCGAUACCGCUUCCGUGUCGUCGCGCAGAGGGACCAGCAGCGCCGUCAAGGGAGGAAAGCGAGAACCGGAAUCGAGUACUUCGUCUAUCGAUUCUGCCGGAGCCGCCAAGAUGGUCAUGAACGCGUUCCGCAGGAGGAAAUCGAACGCGUUCAGCUCUUCCUCUUCGAUCACGAGAAGUCUCGAAGACGAGACCGAUACGAAAACGGGUAAUCCCGGUAUCGAUAAAUCCUCCGCGACAAGUCGGACCAGGAAAUUGUCAGUUGGUGGUAGUGUCGCGGGCAGUGCAAUCUUCGAGGGAAAUAAUAACCACAAUGCUAAAAUGUAAAUCUUUAUAUAAAACAAAAGCCCGUGAUAUAAUUCGAUAAAGUGGGUUAAAACGUAGUUGAAAAAGAUUAUUUCUUUCCGACAUAUCCAUGUGAAUAAAAAAUUGAAAAGUUUGCAAAGUUAUGAAUCUUUAAAGAAAAAAAAAUAGUAUAACUGCUGUUUCUAAACUUUAUGUUUCGCCUUAUUGUAUUUGUACGUUAAAGUAGGCCCCAGGCUAUAAUAGCCGUCGAAAUAUGCAUUUGGGCAGCCAAGAUAGAGCGGGAUUCUCAAAACGGCGUAUAUCGCGUUGUGGAAAUAACUCUUCGUGUGAACCCGUUCAAAUCAUGUUUUUUUUCUAAUUAAAAAAAGGCCAAUUGUUGUAAUAUCGAACCAUACAGUAUCGCUAUUUGCCGUCCUAUUAGUUUUCAUUAACAUUUGGUAUUUUAUUGAGUGUUAAAAAAGUCCUUUGUUUUCAAGUAAUUACUACAAAAGAACCCUCUAGUACAUACAGCAGGUUAUAAUUAUGAAAUGCUUUUACGUCUGCUUUUAUUAAGCUAAGCUUGCUUUUCAGUGAAAUCAAUUUUUUGAAAGACGGACUUUGCAAAUUUGUCAGCAAUUUCUCACGAUCAAUCAACACUACAUCAUGUACACUCACACCAAAAACGUCAUCAGCUGUUGACUUGAAAAAAAAACCCAAUAAAUAUAGCAUCUACAGGAUUCAAUCCCCGUAAAUGACGUUGUUAAGUGCUGAGGAGACACUUUCAAUCACCUUUUGAUUGUGCAAUUAAAAAAACAGUCAUUGAACGGUCAAUUAGGCAGUGUCAACAGCGGUACAAGUGUGUACGAAAGAGAUAUCAUUUCCCGUCAGUGCAUUUUAUAAUUGAUUGCACGAGAUAUUAAAAAAAGUCCAUGAAGAACCUUGAUAGCCAUGGUGGAAAACAAGAUCACCUUGUUAUAUAUACCACUGUCCGUAAAUUUACACAGCACGCGAAGCUGAAAAUUGGAGUAUUUGAUUUAUUCUGCAAAAAUUCAAAGGAUGCUUUAUUCAGGAGGCUUUAUUCAUGAGUCGGCCAUAUUGAAUUGAAAGCGAGGUAACAUUUUCAUUUUUGGAACUUGCGAAUAGAAAUGA